AUGACAGAUUGUUUGAUGUCAUAUGCUAUUUGGUGGUUAACUAUAUAUCAGACUUGCUUUUUUGUUCUAACAGGGAGUGUAUCCUUACAGUGGUUACAUUUGACCAUUGCUAAAAGUAAUAAUACAGGCAAUUUGAAACCCGAAUACGACGACGACGAAGGUGAUGAUAAUGAUGUCAUUGAUGACAAUGACGACAUUGUCAUGUAUGAUGAUGACAAUGGUGAUGAUGACAACCAACCUGGUGAUGACGUCAAACAACCUGGUGAUGACGUCAAACAACCUGAUGAUGACGUCAAACAACCUGGUGAUGACGACAACCAACCUGGUGAUGACGACAACCAACCUGGUGACAGUGAUGAUAAAGAUGAUGGUGACCAAGAAAUGAGAAGAAGACGAAGAAGGUGGAGAAUAUUUUUAUUCAUUAACUGA